ACAACUAGAAUAAUCCCUACACUCUGUUGUCUCCUCAGAUAACACGGCGUGGAUCCUGACGCGCAGGAACAGCUACAGCAGCCUCCAGAUGAGCUCGUACCUGGUUCCCGUGGUGAUUUCGGACGGAGACUUCCCCAUGCAGAGCAGCACGUGCACGCUCACGGUCAAAGUGUGCACGUGCGACCGCGACGGGAACAUGAAGCUGUGCAACGCCGAGGCGCUGACGGCGAGGGCGGGGCUCAGCACGGGCGCGCUCGUCGCCAUCCUGCUCUGCGUCAUCAUCCUGCUCAUGAUCGUGGUUCUUUUCGCCGCCCUGAGGAGACAGCGGAAGAAGGAGCCGCUGAUCAUCUCGAAGGAGGACGUGCGGGACAACGUGGUGAGCUACAACGACGAGGGCGGCGGCGAGGAGGACACCCAGGCCUUCGACAUCGGGACGCUGCGCAACCCGGAGGCCAUCGAGGACGGCAAGCAGCGGCGCGACAUCAUCCCCGAGACCUACUACAACCCGCCCGUCCGCCGCGCCGUCCUCGCCCCGCCGCGGGACAACAACGGCGACGUGCGGGACUUCAUCAACCAGCGCCUGCAGGACAACGACACCGACCCCACGGCGCCGCCUUACGACUCCCUGGCGACGUACGCCUACGAGGGCAACGGCUCCGUGGCGGAAUCCCUCAGUUCUUUAGAAUCGGUAACCACGGACGGCGAUCAGGACUACAACUACCUGAGCGAGUGGGGACCGAGGUUUAAGAAACUCGCCGACAUGUACGGAGGGGACGACAGCGACCGGGAAUCGUAA